AUGAAGAACGUUUACGAUAAGGAGCCAUGGUUGCUGGACCAUACCAAUCAUCCUUUGUUCAGGAAGAACGAGUGGUAUUAUUUCGUGACAAGGACUCAAGUGUCAGUGAAGAACAUCGGUCGUGGUAGGAACUCAAAGCGGAGAAUCGCCGGGGACAACGAUGGUGGGAGUUGGAAGCCUAACGCUAAAAAAUAUAUUGAGGACGAAGAAAAAGAGAAGACCAUAAUAGGGAAAAAGCAAACUCUAAAGUUCACUAAAAGCGACAACAAUAAGAGGCAGAAGACAGGAGACGGUACUUCUGCUGCCGUUCCUGGGAGCAAUAGUAGCUGGAUUAUGUACGAGUAUUCGCUACCGGACGAAAAUACGUUUCAAGAACUGGUCCUGUGCAAGAUUCGCAAGAUUAGCAAUUCUAAGGAUGAAGAAGUUGAAGCCGUGGAGGUGACACAUGACGCAGAAGAAGAUGGGACUGGAGAGCUCGUUGAAAGAUUCACAAGAACGGGAUUGGAUGAUCAACAAACAACGGAGAAAGAUGAUCAACAAGAGCCACCAAUGUACGCUCUUUCUCAAUCUAGUGAUCCUCCAGCUAGUCUUGGCGAUAAAUCUCUACCAAUAGAAGUGGAUGAGGAUGAAGAUGAAGAACAAGUGAUGAACCAAGAGCUUGAACAACAUCUUUUCAAGUCCACCGAGAGCUUUUAG